AUGGCUGCAAAAUCAUCAAAAGAACCAGGCAUGACUGAACCCCAAGCAGGCCGGCCAGGGUCCUCGGGGGGUAGACUCAAUGACCCAACAAUAGUAGAGAUAAAACCUCGCCAGCAGGAGAAUGGCAAAGUGCAACCUGAGCCCGAACCUGCUCCGAAACCUCCCCCAAAGGCCGAUGACCAGCCGCACAAUGGGGAGCCAACGGACCCAGAUAGACGCGGAGGUGUUCCAACCGAUAGGCCGCAACCACACGGAAUCCCAGAUGGACACCCUUAUGACCGUGGCAUUAGAGUCACCCACGUUUGCUGCGAGGCCGAGCCCUCCUCGAUGGGGGGCGCGUGGUUUUCGUCUCGACGCUCGAACAAGUCUCGCGAGCAGGCGAUGGAACAGGAGAUUCAUCAAUUACGGUCAGAAAUUGGACGCCAGCGCCAAGUCAUUACGGAGCUUCAGGAAGGAAACGCAUUCACAAAAGAUGAAAACUUCCAUCUCCGUGGGAAAAUACGUGAGCUCAAUGGUUUAAUCCGCCGCACGCAGGAGAGGGCAUUUGGAGAAAUCGGCCAGGGAAAAUGGGCUUCCCAGCCUGACAGAGAUAUCCGGGAUGACCUCGCUUUAUUCCAACGCCAACUCCGGGACUGGAGUAAGGAGUAUGCUUUGGACUCCAUAAGCACCCUGCAAGCAUUGAAAAUGAGUGAGGAAGAAAAGGACGAGUUUCUAUGCAAUUUAAGCAAGGUGGUGACGCUUAGUGAGAAUGGAAGUAUCCCGGCAACGCUACGAACCGGGAAAAUGGAACGCAGACUACCUUCGAUCCUGGUAAACGCCCUGAUAGCUCAUGAUGUCUACACUCAGAUCUUCGAUGAUCCCUUCUAUUUCCUUGGCCAGAGCACUGGUUUGGAUGACCAAGAUUGUUCAGUUGACGGAACUCCUCUUGUGAAUGAGACCCUAAACAGGAUCUAUGGAGAGCUGAUAAAUCUCGAUGAACGAGAAGCUCAUAUCUGGCGUUCGCAGUUACUUCGAGUAUACAAUCCGCCAGAAGGAGGUGUUCUUAGUGAGAAAGAAAAGCUAGCAGCCAAAAGAUGCAUUCCCGGGUCCAACGGUGCAGUGAUUACUUUGCAACAUCUUCAUACGGGACAGCAAAAUACCUCUUUCGGAAGAUCCCCAGUGAUCAGGAAACAACUCGUCUUAAUAAACUACGAGACAUCUUCACAGAUGCUGAGUCAGAACCUUCCGUCUUUGAAGCUGGAACAGUUCAAAGUUUCUUCCCAGUCAAUGGAGGCCCAUCCUUCUCAGGGGCUGGACGAUGAUGAGAUAAGUCGUAUACACCCUGCCCUUCUCGCCUUUGGCAACGAUGACUGUGAAAACUACCAUAUUGCCCGUGUCUGGGCCAAAGCCGUGGUUCUGCUGAGGGCUACAAGAUGA